CUCAUUGGAGGCAAAGGGUACGCUCCCGGGCUCGCCCAGGCGGCGGCCGGCCCGCUGCGGGCCCGCCCUCAGCUCCGCCACGCUGCCAUGCACAUGAUGUAACUUUGAGGACUCUUGCUCCGGGAGAUAGCGACGGAGAGUCACAGAGCGGCAAAGCAGCUGAAAAUGAAGGGUAUGGACACCGAAGCUUUGAGAAGUUCAAUUAUUUGCUCAAAGUUACAGAUCUGGUGGUCAGGUCACAUGGAAUCUGAAUGUACAUCUCUCCCAGUACAGCCCCAAAAUGGCGCUGCCCCCGAGCCCUCUGGCCAUGGAAUAUGUUAAUGACUUUGAUUUGAUGAAGUUUGAGGUAAAGCAGGAACCCUCCGAGGGGCGAUCCGGCCCUCCCACAGCCUCACUGGGCUCCACACCUUACAGCUCAGUGCCUCCUUCACCCACCUUCAGUGAGCCGGGCAUAGUGGGGGCCACCGAGGGUGCGAGGCCAGGCUUGGAGGAGCUGUACUGGUUGGCUACCCUGCAACAGCAGCUAGGGGCUGGGGAGUCACUGGGGCUGAGUCCCGAUGAGGCGGUGGAGCUGCUGCAAGGUCAAGGCUCAGUCCCUAUGGAGGGACCCCACAGCUACUACCCAGGGAACCCAGAGGAGACAGGAGCCCAGCAUGCCCAGAUGGCCGAGCGGUUUUCAGACGCGGCGCUGGUAUCGAUGUCUGUGCGGGAGCUCAACCGGCAGCUGCGGGGCUGCGGGCGAGACGAGGCGCUGCGGCUGAAGCAGAGGCGCCGCACGCUGAAGAACCGCGGUUACGCGCAGGCCUGUCGCUCCAAGCGGCUGCAGCAGCGGCGCGGGCUGGAGGCCGAGCGUGCCCGCCUGGCCGCACAGUUGGAUGCGCUGCGGGCCGAGGUAGCUCGCCUGGCUCGUGAGCGCGAUCUCUACAAGGCUCGCUGUGAUCGGCUGACCUCGAGCGGUCCGGGGUCGGGGGAUCACACCCAUCUCUUUCUCUAAGUUUCUGGGGUAGGGGGCGUGGGGUGUGGAAGUGGUUGAGAGUAGGAGUCGGCUGCACGGCUCACUUCUGGCCCCAUCUGCCCCUCAGUAUGAUCACACAAAUAUCCCUAAACUUCCGGAACCCUCAAGAUGCUGACCAUUUUCUGGAAGAGGGGUCCCUUCUCUUGCAGACCUUGCACAGAUAACCACCUAUGGAACCCUCCAGGGGCCAGGGCUCUGCAGGCACGAAGGGUGGCGAUGUGGACGACAGCCUCAUGGCACAGUGAAUGGGAGGGAAGGGACUGGUGCUGCUCUUCUCUCAGUUUAGUUCUUAAUUAAAGGUUUUCAAUUCCAGUGCAUUAAGGGUGUAAUUAGCAAUGAGCUGUAUUUUUCCCUCCAUGGUUUGUAACCUCCGUAGCAAGACAAAACACUUAGGAAUGCUACCCACGAUGCAUUUUCCUACUCAAUCCACUGGUCUUCAGGGCCAGCAGCAGCAUAGGUCUGAGGAGUGAGCCCCAGGUGUGGGGUGAUGUCAGCUAGGAGUCAAGCCUUGGCACUGUCCCGAAUCUGCCACGGGAUCCCACUGUCACCUUGAGCAAAUCAAUUGCUCUCUGGCCUCAGUUACUUCAUCUAAUCCUCAUUUGGGUUGGAUGACUUCUGACACCUUUUCAGUUCUGGCAUCUCCCCAGUGUGUGAGUUCCAAUGAUCACCCAAGACAAACCUCAUCAAAGGGACGUCCUGUCCUGCUCCAGUUUCUUGGCCACAGCCGCAGCUGUGAAUAAACAUCCCAGGGGACCAGCAUUCCCCUGCAGUCACACACAAUGGGUCUGUGCAGUUCCCCCUAGGCUACCUCAGGCUUCAGCCCUGCAAGCGGGUACCCCUGCUACCUCCUGUCUCCGAGGGCUUCAGUAAGACUUCGGAGGAUGACAGGAGCUGAGUGCAGCUUUUGUCAAUUAAAUUUGAAAUCCAGGCAGAACUCUAAUGCUAUUGGCUAAAUGUUCUUGCAAUUUUAAAAAAAAGUCCAUUUUCUAUCCCUGCUUCA